AUGGAGGAUCUUUUGGAAAAGGAGAGGAAGGCCAGGGUCAAGAAUGACUAUGAAGCACUUCUGAAGAUAUUUGAGGACCUCAUGGGCCUUUGCAGGUCUGAUGAGGAGCUUGCAGGGCUUACCCGGGUUCUCACAAUAAAGAGAGGCCAAAACAGAAUGGCUAUCAAAUGGAUGGUCAGGCAACUGUUUGAAAGAAAGAAAGGGGAGCAAGGGUUUGUUGAGUUCUUCUGCCUGGUCCUACGAGACGUGAUUGAGGGAAGGAUUUUUCUUGAGGAGGAAAGGAUAUACAUAACAAAAGAGCUUAAGGAGAGAUACGAAUCGUCUGGAGAUGUCAAGAGUGCACUGGAUGUGAUCAUAAAUGUUCCUGUGGAGACAUUUACAAUGGUCAAGGAGAGUGCUGUGGUCAACUACCAACUGGAGCAGUUAAGGCUUUGCGUCAGGAAUCACGAUUGGAUAAGGGCCGAUAUAACCAUGAAGAAGAUCAGAGGAAAGUACUUUGAGGAGAGCGGUACUGUGGAAGAGAAGAUUAAGUUCUACGAGCUUAUUGUGCUGCUUCAUCUUGGGCAGAGGAACUAUUUCAACGCAUCAAAUGUGUACUAUACUCUCAGCAAGCUUGGGGAGAACUCCACCAGCUAUGUUGUUCUAAGCUCAUUCUUCUGCAUUCUGGCAACGUGCGAAACAGAGAUGGAAGACGUAGUAUGCAAGAGGGCUGAUAUGCUGAGAAAGCUGAGCGAGGACAAGAACAACGACGAGGUUGUUAGGUCUAUUGUAAAUAGAUUCCUGUCUAAGAUUGUUAUGGACAAGUCUAUGAUCAACGAAAUUCAGCAAGCUUUUUCCUCUGCCUUGGAUGUAUCUAUCUACUUGAAUGAUCUUGUUUCUGCAAUCGAUGAGCACAACUUCAGGAUUGUUGAGAGGUUCUACUCGUCCAUCUCUAUCCAGGAGAUCUCCUUGGUGAUGCAAAGCUCCGCAGAGGACAUUGUUAAGAAGAUUUCUUUUAUGGUCAACAAUGGAUUUGCAAAAUGUAAGAUCAAUCAGAAGACAGAGAUUAUUGAGUUUGGAAAGAGAAAGUGGAAUGACAGCGUCGACGAUGUAAUGAGUAAGUUGAUCAAGUGCAACCAUCUUAUACAUAAGGAGCGUCUAAAUCUCUCUAUUAAAAAAAGCUAA